UACAGGAGCAGGAAGCCUCAUCUUGCUCCCGCAGAGCAGCUCGUGGUUUCGAACUGCUGACCUUUCUAGUUGACUUUGCGGUUCGUAGCCCAACACGUCACCCAGGGCAUGAAAGCCGCUGCAUUGGUCAGUGUGCGCCUCUUGUCCCACUUUCCAAAGGCGUAGCAGCCUCCUGGGCUGGGCGUCCUCGAAGCUGGCUCUCGCUCUGCCCACAGAAUCGCCAAGAGCUACCAGACGUCCCCUGACCUGCGGCUGACGUGGCUGCAGAACAUGGCGGAGAAGCACACCAAGAGGAAGUGCUACACGGAGGCGGCCAUGUGUCUGGUGCACGCGGCCGCACUGGUGGCCGAGUACCUGAGCAUGCUGGAGGACCACAGCUACCUGCCCGUGGGCAGCGUCAGCUUCCAGAACAUCUCCUCCAACGUGCUGGAGGAGUCCGCGGUGUCCGAUGACACCCUGUCCCCGGACGAGGACGGCGUGUGCUCUGGGCGCUACUUCACCGAGAGCGGCCUGGUGGGCCUCCUGGAGCAGGCGGCCGAGCUCUUCAGCACG